AUGCCUGAGUCUCCUCUCAGUCCCACGGCAGCCCGUCAAACCCUAGCCAGCAGCCUCCUCAGUCACACAGACAACGGCGCAGGAGAGAGAGUAGCUAAUGGGGAUUCCUGCGGUAGAGUGAGUGGUGAAAGCUGGCAGAGUCUCCGCAAUAAACAGGUGCUUCUGGCUAUGAUGGCUCCUCAGCAGAUGCAGCCGCUUCUGUCCGCCAACCAGCUGCAGGCUCUGAUCCAACAGAAGCAACAAGCCUUUCUGCUCCAGCAGCAACAUCUGAAAGAGUUUUACAAGAAGCAACAACAACAGAUUCAUUUGCAGCUGCUUCAACAGCAGCCCAGCAAGAAAGCCAAAGAACAGCUUGUGUUCCAGCAGCUCCUCCAGCUCCAGCAGCAGCAGCUCCUCCGGGUGCAGAGACCAGUCCUGGCUUCUCCUGCCCUCUCUCCAGCUGGUUUCGGCCCCUCAGAGAUGCAGCAGAUAUGGCAAGAGCUCACAAAUGGAACAACUGAAGACAAAACCCUAUUGAGGGGCAAUCAGGAUUCUUCUGCUAACAACAUGAUGUCAACAAAAGUCACAGGAAGACAGACAGGUGACCAGCAGACUGCUUCUCCUCGCAGGCCAGAAAGUGCUUUUAAAGCUGAUUGCGCUGCCACACACGCUCUCUACGGUCACGGUGUGUGUAAUUGGCCUGGAUGUGAGUCAGUGUGUGACACCUUCAGCCAGUUCAUCAAGCACAUAAGCAGCGAGCAUAAUCUGGAUGACAGAAGUACAGCGCAGUGCAGAGUCCAGAUGCAGGUCGUUCAGCAGCUUGAACUUCAGCUCUGCAAGGAACGGGAGCGUCUGCGAGCGAUGAUGGCUCACCUGCAUCUGCCGUCUUUAGAAGCACAGUCAGUCUCUGCACCCGUGAGUCUACAGUCACCACAAUCUGAUACGGCUGCUGACCCACGUGGCCUGCAGCUCAACUCAGUCACCAACAACCUGCCCUCGCUGAGCCCGUCAAACUCGGCCCAGGCGUCGCCCCAACCUCUGGUCACUGUCAGCUCUCCAUCCGUGUGCUGUGAAAAAGAGUCGUCCAUUCAAACGUCAUGUGCUGGGGCCAUAAAACGUCGCCAUUACCCUCUGGUCUACUCGCUAUCUUCAGAAAAUGAAUUUGAGCUCUACAAGAACACUGACAUCAGACCACCUUUCACCUAUGCAACACUGAUAAGACAAGCUAUUAUGGAAACAUCCGACAUGCAACUAACACUCAACGAGAUAUACAACUGGUUCACACGGACGUUUGCUUAUUUCAGACGCAACGCUGCCACAUGGAAGAACGCAGUGCGCCACAACCUGAGCCUGCACAAGUGUUUUGUGCGUGUGGAGAAUGUGAAAGGCGCGGUGUGGACAGUCGAUGAGGUGGAAUACCAGAAGAGGAGGUCCCAGAAGGUCACAGGGAGUCCAUCCCUGAUGAAAAAUGUAUCCCCCAGUCUUGAUUUUGGGAACGUUCUGAAUGCCAGCUUACAGACGGAGCUGGUUGAGUCGUCACUGCCAGGAUUCAAGAAGGAGUGUGUCAGCCGUAACUCCAGGAGUCAAAUACAGGAGAUCAAAGCAACACUCAACAGCAGCCACAAUAAACAAAACUUCUCUCCACAAGUCCAGCAGUCUCUUUUCCUUAAAGACGAAAUGCUGAAUGACCAAGAAUCUCUGAUGCCAACAGUAAAACCAGCCAGUCUGCAGCACGACAUGGCUGAAAAUCACGAAGAGCAUUUGUUUGACCUUGAAUAACAAAAGAAGGGGUUCAGACAUAAAGCAAUCACUUGCAAAACACUAUAGUAAACCGUUGAACAUUCAGGGAUGUAGACCACAGUUUACAUAUUAUACAUUCUUAUAUGUUAAGUGUGUAGUGUAAGCCAGCCUGAAAUUCUCAUAUUAAAAUGGAGCUAUUCAUAAUUGUGGUUUACUAUAUGGUUCAUAUUAUUCUCAUACACAUGAAAACUGUUCUGAUUUAGUUGACUGUGGAUCACUACAUGUCAAGCAGUUCACUUUUUCUUUUGACUUUUGAGCCUUAUGGAAGAGGAAGUGCCAACUGUGGUUUUUGUGUUGGCAUUUUGCAUGAUUAAUUUCUGCAUUUUUGAUAAGCUAGAGAUUUAAAAAUAUUUAUUUAAACUAAUAGGUUAAGGAUAUGAUAAAAGUAUUACAUGUUAAAAGUUAUUACAUUUGAUUAUGAGAUUCACUCAUUCAAGAAAAGUCCAAAAAAAAAAAAAAGUGACAACAGCAAAGUCCAAAAAAACAUAUGAUUAACACAAUCAAAAACACAGUUGCGAUCUGAUAAUGUCCACCAUGUGCACCGUGAACAAAUUCUACCCUUUUAGGCCAAAGUAAAUGAUUUACAAAAAUAUUUGUUAUAAUUUGAUGUGUGUGAUUUGUAGAGAAUUAAUGUUUUGUCUGUUUAUUGUCAUAGUUAAAAAAAAAAACAAAGUGUGAAUGUAAAUACUACAUUAUAGC